AUGUGUCACCCCAUCCUCGCUUCGUUGAUCGACAGCCCAAUCACCUCGUUUCUCCUCGCCACCGUCACCAACCCGCAGCUGCUCUACCACGGCCUCGACGCCGUCCCGCAGCGCCGCCAGCAUCCUCUCCUCCACGGACCCUUUCGCAUCUCCAUCCCGGUCCCGAGCUGGCAGGUUCCGCUGGGCAGAAUUGCAGCUCUCUGCGUUCUUGAACGGCCGAACCCCCCGUAUCUCUUCGAUGUGGAGAUAUUCGACCGCAAGAGUGGGAACGGCUGCGUUGCACGGGACCGGGCGACGACGAUGAUCUUCGAAUUGAUGUGCGUCAUCUUCAUGACUCCCAGCACCAGGCUCCUCACCAAGGCCGUGGCUUUCGUUAUGAAUGAUCAGAGCAUCACCGACGCAAUCGUUGGCGAGCUCACGCGAGAUUUACUUGAAACACGGGAAGGAGUGCUGGCUUUUGCUCAUGCGUCGGUGGAAGAGUACUUGCAGAACACAUAUCCGUCCGAGUAUGCCAAGGAGGACUGCAUCGCCCUGGUCGCUCGGAUCUACCUCCAGUACAUGUCUCUCCACCCCGAGGCUACUUUCAAGCAAGACCUGGAGCAUGAUGAGCUUCUUUCGGACUGCUUCCACUACUGCGGGGAGCACUGCGCUCGCUUGGAGAAGGAGGACCUGAGAACGACUCGGCGUGUCUGCUGA